AUGCGAAAGCUGCUGGUGGAGGAAGGCCAGGCCCCCCACACCGCCAUCAUCGGCUGCGCAGACAGCCGCGCGCCCCUGGAGAAGAUCUUCGACGCCCUGCCCGGGGACAUCUUCGCGCUCCGCAACGCUGGGAACACCUGCACCCACGCCGAAGGCAGCUUCGUUGGGAGCCUGGAGUUCGCCACCGGAGCCCUGGGGUCUCGGCUGAUUCUCGUCCUUGGGCACACGAAGUGUGGCGCCAUCUACGGCGCCACCAAGGGGUACUUCGAUGCAAAGCUGGGGGCCAGCUCCGCCGGCUCGGCUCUGGAAGGCCUUCUGCACGAUCUCGGCUCCGUGGCGGAGGUGGCAGCCGGCGAGAUGGGCGCUUCUGCAGAGUUCGAGACGGUGGCAGCUCAUGCGGUCAAGGUGAAUGUCUUCCACACCAUCAGCUUCCUGCUCAAGUACAGCAAGAGCCUCCGCUCUCAAGUUCAGAGCGGCAAGUUGGAGAUCCAUGGCGGCAUCUAUCAGCUGGAGACGGGCAAGGUGGAGUUCUUGGGGCCCUCGCCGGAGCAGGCGCUUCUGAUCGCCGAGAGCGUCACCGCAGUGCCUCCCUCACUGCUCGCUCCGAAGGAGGUCGCCCCGGCAUCAGUUCGCACCGCGGCAGACUCAGCUGUGGCUCCGCAGAAGGCGCUGGAGUACCUCCAGACUGGCAACAAGCGCUACGUGUCGGGCACUCCUACGGCUCCUGCUACGACCCAGGACAUGCGCAAGGCCUUGGUGGACAAGGGCCAAGCACCCCACGCCGCCAUCAUCGGCUGCGCGGACUCCCGCGCCCCGGUGGAGACGAUCUUUGAUGCGGCACCUGGCGACAUCUUCGUCUUACGAAAUGCCGGCAACACCUGCACCCACGCGGAAGGCAGCUUCAUCGGGAGCCUGGAGUUCUGCGUCGGCAAGUUGGGUAGCCGCCUCAUCGUUGUCAUGGGCCACACGAACUGCGGCGCCCUGGCCGGGGCCGCCGGCACGUACCUGUCCGUGAAGGAGGCAAGUGAGACAAAGGCACCAGGUUGUGCGCUUGAGGGCCUCCUGCAGGGCCUGACAUCUGUGGCAGCCCAAACGGCUCAGGAGCUGGGAGGUGAGCCCAGCGCCGCCGACAUCGCGUCGGCCGCCGUGAAGGUGAACGUGUUCAACACGAUCCACUUCCUCCUCAAGUUCAGCGAGCCCAUCCGCGCCCUGGCCAAGAGCGGGGACUUGGAGAUCCAUGGCGCCGUGUACAAGCUGGAGACCGGGGAGGUCGACUUCUUCGGCCCCUCCCCAAAGCAGGCCGAGCUCCUGGAGUCCAAGUUGCACAUCCCUCCCUCCAUGAGCGGCUCCGCAGAUGCCAUGGCCCUCAUCGGCGCCCACGGCGUCCGCACCCCGCAGGACCCGCCGAUGCCCGCCCCGGCGGCCCUGAAGCUCCUCAAGGAGGGCAACGAGCGCUUCGCGGUGGGUGCACCCAUUGCCGGCCGCAUCGACUCCAAGAUGCGCAAGGCCUUGGCGACCGUGGGCCAGGCGCCGCACACGGCCAUUCUCGGAUGCGCAGACUCCCGCGUGCCGUUGGAGUUGGUCUUCGAUGGCCUGCCCGGUGAUGUGUUCGUGCUCCGCAACGCCGGCAACACCUGCGUGCACUCCGAGGGCAGCGUCAUGGGCUCGCUGGAGUUCUGCACUGGUGCCCUUGGCACCAAGUUGAUCCUGGUCCUUGGCCACACGAAGUGCGGUGCCAUCAACGGUGCCACCAAGGACUACCUGGCGAACAAGGGCAAGGCCCGCGACGAGGCACCAAACGCCCUGGGCGCCCUGCUUCAGGGACUCAACGAUGUGGCCAAGAAGGCAGAGGAGGAGCUUGGUGGAACACCGAAGGAGGAAGAGAUCGCAGCGCAUGCCGUGAAGGUCAACGUCUUCAACUCCAUGGACUUCCUGGUGAAGAACAGCCCGACCCUUCGGAGUAAGGUGGAGUCUGGUGAGGUCGAGAUCGAGGGAGGUAUCUAUGACCUCGACAGCGGCCGUGUGCGAUGGAUCGGAAAGAGCCCCAAUGCCAUGGCCAAGGCGUAA